ACGUUUUGAGAUCUGACUUGAAUGGUGUUGUUGAGUGUUUGAUUUUAUGUUAUAUUUGCAAAACCUCAAUUGAGUUUUAAGUAAUAUUAAAUUUUCUGCAUGAUCAUAUAAAUAUUUUAUUUUUCUUCAUGAAAAAUUAAAUUUUUGGAGACUGAAUGAUAUAAAUGUGAUUCUCGAAGAACUUAUUUAAGAAACUUGCAAAAACAUUAUUUAUAAUAAUCCUCUAGAAGCUUUUAAUUGCUUAUGUAUUACUGCGUGUAGUUUGUAAAAUACAUCUUCCUAUUUUGCUAUAUUAUCUCCUUCGAUAAUGGAUGUUGAUGAUACAGAAAUAAGGCUAGUUCCUACAGCUUCAGAAAACAUGUUACAACCGUCGUCGAUAUCAGAACGAAACAUGUUAACAAAUGGAGCUCUUUUAAAGAAAAUUCCUAAAACACGAGUAAGGAGCAAGAGCGAGAGUAUUAGUCUUUCGGCAUAUGAAAAAGAAAGAAAUGUUGUUGGAAAUGUAGUUAAACCAGCAAAGGAUAAAGCACAUGAUCGUAAGCCUAAGAAUAUAAAGGGUCAAGGAAAACCCAAGAAAUCAGGUGCAGGUGGAAAAGGAACAUGGGGUAAAAAUGGAGAGGUUUAUGAAGAAGAAGAAACGAAUCCAGAUGAUCCAAAUUAUGACUCUGACAUAGUGGAAAGUGAUGAUGUUAUCCUUUACGAAGUAACUCCAGAUUUGUCGUCUGCAGAAUUUGAUAAAAUUGUCACUCCAAUUAUAAUGGAAUAUUUUGAUCAUGGUAUCACUGGAGAAGUUGCUGCAUCAUUGGAGGAAUUAAAUAUUACACAUUUAAAGCACAGAAUUGUGCAAUUGGCAGUAAGCUUGGCAUUAGAGAAAAAAGGUGCACAAAGAGAGUUGGUAUCUGUGCUGAUAUCUGACUUAUUUGGGCUACAUAUUCUAGCAGAACCAGAUAUUGAGAUGGGAUUCCAAGCUCUUAUGAACUCAUUAGAUGAUCUUAAGCUAGAUACUCCUGAUGCAGCUCAUGUAUUAGGGCGAUUUAUGGCAAGAUGUGUUGCUGAUGAUUGUUUGAACCCAAUAUAUAUUGAGCAACAUUUAGAACAUCCAGAUGCACUGUCUAAGGUCAGUUUGGAUGUUGCAAACAGCUACCUUCAAAUGAAGCAUGGAUUAGUAAGGUUAGACACAGUAUGGGGUUUAGGUGGUGGUACAAGACCUGUUAAAACUCUAGUAAAAGAAAUUGAUUUAAUGAUCAAAGAGUAUUUGUUAUCAAAUGAUUUAAGUGAAUUUGGGCGUUGCGUUAUGGAUCUUGAUGUCCCACAUUUUCACCAUGAAAUAGUGUAUGAAGCUGUUAUCAUAGCUUUGGAAAGUGGCUCAGAUUAUACCAUUAAAGCUAUUGCAAAUUUACUUCAUCAUUUAUCUGAUGCAACAAUGAUAACUGAAGAUCAAAUGAUUUCAGGUUUUGAGCGUGUUUUUGAUAUCAUCAGUGAUUUGGUUCUUGAUAUUCCUCGAGCUUAUAAGUACUUGGAUAGUUUACUUGACAUGUGUUGUCGCGUACAUAUUAUUCCAUUAUCUUUGAGACAAAAAGCACCCUCAAGGGGUCGAAAACGUUUUGUCAGCGAAGGUGAUUUUGGAAUAUCGACUAAACCUUUAUAGUUGAUGACAGCACAAUUAACAUUUUAUAGUUUGAUGACAGCAUAAUUAACAUUUUGGAGAAUCAUACUUUGUCAUAGUUAUCGUA